AGUGAUAGGCUGCUCCCGGACAGGGCUCGGCCUGUGUAUUUCAUUCCUCUGUGCUGUGACAGGAAUCAGGAUCGGUCACACCCUCUGUGACAGACGGCCGCCCUCCACUUCCUGAUUCAGAUCAAACUCUCCAGCUCCAGUCAUCGCCACACAUCACAGUGUCAGAGAUGAGUUAUCCCGGAUAUCCCCCUGCAGGUGGAAGCUACCCGCCCGGCUCCGGCCCGUAUCAGCAGGCCCCGGCUGGAUACCCUCCCCAACCCGGUGGCUUUCCGCCCCAGGCAGGAUACUAUCCGCCUCAGCCAGGAGCGUAUCCCCCCGGAGCAGGAUACCCACCCCAGGCUGGCGGAUACCCACCCCAGGCUGGCGGAUACCCUCCUCAGGCCGGCGGCGGAUACCCAGCUGCCCCGGGAGGAGGGUUCCCACCACAGGCAGGAGGUUACCCCGCUCAGCCCGGGACCUACCCCAACAUGCCCCCUGCUGCAGGUGGAUGGGGCGCCCAACCUGGCUUUGGAGCUCCCGGAGGAGGAAUGCCGCAGGGAUACCCCGGGGGCCCGGCGCCAGGACAGCAGCCCAUGCCAGCGUACCCAGGUGCCCCGGUGCCGAACCCGUCGAUGCCCGGGUACGGAGGAGGCGCUCCGACUGGACCAACACCUCCGGCCGCUCCCGCUGUCAAUAAGGGUUACCGCGGCACCAUGAAGGACUGUCCCGGGGCCGACCCUCUCCGAGAUGUCGAGGUGUUACGGAAAGCCAUGAAGGGCUUCGGAACUGAUGAGAACGCCAUCAUCGAGCUGCUCGGCAAUCGAACCAUCAAGCAGCGCGUGCCGUUGUUGGCGGCCUACAAAACCACCUACGGCAAGGAUCUGAUUCACGACCUGAAGUCGGAGCUGACGGGAAACUUUGAGAGUUUGGUGUUGGCCAUGCUGAAGAAUCCUGCGCAGCUCGACGCCUCUGAGCUCAAGGAGGCCAUAUCGGGCGCAGGAACGGACGAGGCCUGUCUCAUCGAGAUCCUGUCCUCCCGCAGCAAUGCUGAAAUCAAGGAGAUCACGAGGCUGUAUAAAGCAGAUUACGGUAAAUCUCUGGAGGACGCCAUCAGCAGCGACACGUCUGGACACUUCCGGCGUCUGCUCGUCUCUCUCUGUCAGGGUAAUCGAGAUGAGAGAGAGACUGUGGACGUUUCUCUGGCCAAACAGGACGCUCAGAAACUCUACGCUGCGGGAGAGAAUAAAGUCGGCACGGAUGAGUCUCAGUUCAACGCGAUUCUGUGCGCUCGCAGUAAACCUCACCUCAGGCAAGUGUUUCACGAGUACCAGCAGAUGUGCGGACGAGACAUCGAGAAGAGCAUCUGCAGGGAGAUGUCUGGAGACGUGGAGUCUGGCAUGGUGGCAGUGGUGAAGUGCAUUAAAAACACUCCUGCCUACUUUGCUGAACGGCUCCACAAGUCCAUGCAGGGUGCGGGCACCAAAGACAGGACUCUGAUCCGCAUUAUGGUGACCCGCUCUGAGGUGGACAUGCUGGACAUCAGACAGGAGUAUCUGCGUCAGUUCGGGAAGUCGCUCUACACUCACAUCUCUGGAGACACAUCUGGAGAUUACAAGAAACUGCUGCUGAAGCUGUGUGGAGGAAGUGACUGAAGAACCACGACGACAGACACGUUACCAAGACGACAGGAUAUGCGGCGUCGUCAUAUUAAUCUUGCUCAUAUAUAUUAAUAUGUCAGAUAAUAGUGUCAUGUUAACUAAUACAGUAAUCUCUCUCUUCACAGCUUUAUAAAGUUCACAGCCAAAAUAGCAUGUCAUUUGUGCCUUAGAGACAUUAUUAUUAUUAUUAUUAUUAUAAUUCAGUUUAUUAUUUGUUUUAUUUUGCUAUCUAAUCAGACUAUGCAUGAUAUCUAGAGAAUAUAUAUAUUUUGUAAUGCAUCAAUAUAUACGUGUACAGUGUCUUCAGUAACUGAUGCCAAAGGUCAAUCAGAACUAUAUCUGUGUUCAAUCUGAAAAUCAGAUGCCUUGAAGACUGAGUCACUUGAAGUGCUGCAUUAUAUGCCAUAGUUUUAUAUAGUGAGCUUUAUGAUCUCUAUGCAAGAGUUCAUGACGAAUAUAUAAUCAUGUCAAUCAUCAUGAAGGUCUCGAUGGGUGAAGCUCAUGAAAACAUGUCAUAUUUCACCCUUAAAAAUAAUUAAUUAUCUUAAAGAAAGUGAAGCCUGAUUUAGGAACAUUUUUGCGUUGUCAUUUUCCCUACAUUUCCGUGACUGAUGCGUCUAGACUCAUUUUCAUUGUUCUGUAUAGUGAUUCUUGAUACUGUAAUACAAUAUGUUUUGCUGUUUUUUUUAUAGUAAAUAAAAUUACAUGAUUUUAUUUUAACAUUAAAUACUGAAAUCAUAUAUAAAAAGCAUACAAUUUGAAUUUUCUUUUACAAUUUAAAAUAAGAUUUUUGCAUCAUGGUAAUGAAUAUUUGUGGUUCUAAAAUAGACUUAUUUUUUAUUCAUGCAAAAUAUAAUUUCGUAUUUGAGGUGAAAUAUCACCAGUUUUGUGAGCUUCACCAUGUUUGUUUGUUAUUUCAGCAUGAAUGUGUUUCGCCGCAGCAGUAGGGGGCGGUAAAGUGACCAAUCUCUCAUCAUGAUAAUCACUAGUUGUGUUAUGCUGUUUAUUAACAUGAAGACUACUCUUUUUCAGGGAUUUACUAACCUGUGAUUUAAUAUGCCAACUAAUCUGUACUGUUGUCUAAUAACAUUUGUGUCUGUUUAAUAAAACACUUUAUGAAUGUUCA